GGCAGAGGAAGGUGAAAGGUUGGCAGGAGCAGAAGGGCGGAGGGAAAGAAAGGGAAGCAACGCUGGCUGGGCAGCCGACCUGGAAACCAACACCGCAGAGGUGCCAAGCGGCGAGCCACCCCCAGCAGCAGAGCAGGGAGUUGUGAAGACGACGUUGCGCCGGCAGCUUAGCCCGAGGAGGCUUGGCUCACUGGCGACCCCGACCUGCCUCCCCCGGGAAUAGCGCGCGGCAGCAGCUGUCGCCGCCUCGGGUCCUGGAGCUCAAAGCUACCGCAGCUGCGCUCCUGCCCCGCCUUCGCUCUCUUCGGCCAUGCCGGCAAAGGUGGCCCUGGAAGCGGAGCCUGGUUCUAGGAGCAGCGAGAGAGGAGGGCUGGUCGACAAGGCAGCGCAUUUUUCGCGGUCGCUCGGCUUUUUCUGGGAGGCGAGGAACUGAGCGGUGGCUGCGCUGAGGCAGGUGGCGCUUCUGCUGCGCUUGGCGCCAACCUCGAGCCCCUUCACAGGGAACUUUGGCUGGCGGAGUUGGGCGUCAAGGGAGAAAGAGAAACCCCGAAUCCCUCGCGCGGCAUACGACAAGGAGAAAGCGGCCGCCAGAGCCGCCCAGACCCCCCCCCCCCGACUUUGGCACCGACUGAAGAGGAAGACACGCCGCCUGACUGGAAAGCGCAGUCUGGCUGCUCCUCGGGGAGUGCUCCGCGCAGUCCGGCAGUGCGAGCCAGCUCUCCCCGCGCUCUGUCAGGAGGAGCUCCCUGCCCUUUUCUUUUCGUCCAUUGCAGGGACACAAGAAGAACUUUGACUUUUUUUGUGGAACGUCUCAAGAGGACUUUUUCCCCUUUAGCAUUUAGCUCACCCACGCUAUGAAAAGCUGGAGCCUUGACUUCACAAAGCAGAAGAAAAACCUCCGCUCUUCUGGGUUGCUGAGCCAAAUGAUGUAUUGUUUGCCAGUACUGUGUUAAUUUCCCCGCUUGCCUUCAUCUCUUAUUCACAUUUGCCUUCUGACAUCAAAGCACUGCAACAGCCAUGGGCUGUUUUUGUGCUGUCCCGGAGGAAUUUUAUUGUGAAGUUCUGCUUCUGGAUGAAUCCAAGUUGACCUUAACCACCCAGCAGCAGGGGAUAAAGAAGUCAACGAAAGGGUCGGUUGUCCUAGGCUACGUAUUCGAGCAUUUAAACCUUGUGGAGAUAGAUUACUUUGGACUGCGUUACUGUGACCGAAGUCACCAGACGUACUGGCUGGAUCCUACAAAGACUCUUACAGAACAUAAGGAACUUAUAAACACUGGUCCCCCUUACACGCUAUACUUUGGAGUUAAAUUCUAUGCAGAAGAUCCAUGCAAAUUAAAAGAAGAAAUCACAAGGUAUCAGGUUUUUUUACAGGUUAAGCAAGAUGUUUUGCAAGGGCGCUUACCUUGUCCUGUCAACGUUGCUGCUCAGCUGGGAGCUUAUGCAGUACAGUCUGAACUUGGAGACUAUGACCCAUACAAGCACACUGCAGGUUAUGUUUCGGAAUACCGCUUUGUUCCUGACCAGAAAGAAGAACUAGAAGAUGCCAUAGAACGGAUACACAAAACUCUGAUGGGUCAAGUUCCAGCUGAGGCAGAAUUGAAUUACUUAGGAAUGGCAAAGACACUUGAAAUGUAUGGAGUUGAUCUUCAUCCUGUUUAUGGUGAAAACAAAUCUGAAUAUUUUCUAGGGUUAACCCCUGUAGGAGUAGUAGUUUACAAGAAUAAAAAGCAAGUAGGAAAGUAUUUUUGGCCUAGAAUUACAAAAGUCCACUUCAAAGAAAGUCAAUUCGAGCUCAGAGUUCUGGGAAAAGAUUGUAAUGAAACUUCCUUCUUUUUUGAAGCACAGAACAAAACCGCAUGCAAACAUUUGUGGAAAUGCUGUGUAGAGCAGCACACGUUCUUCAGAAUGCCAGAAAAUGAAUUGAAUUCUCUAUCAAGAAAACUUGGCAAACUUGGAUCUCUUGGCUAUAAACACCGGUAUAGUGGGAAGACAGCUUUGCAAAUGAAAAAAGACAUUUCUAUCCAGCUUCCUCGACCUGACCAAACAGUUGAAAGAAGUCGUAGUAAGACUUAUCCAAAAAGAGCAUUAAAAACACAACAAAUUGGAUCACAUUGUACAAACCACAGUGUAACUGGAGAAAAUGAAGGAACUACCAAAAUUAUUGCACCUUCACCAAUAAAAAGUUUGAAAAAGUCAAGAAAUGAAAGCAGCCCAGAAACCCAAAGAAGUAAAACCAAUGCACCAUGGGAAGAAAACUGCCCACAGAGUGGGCUUUAUAAUUCUCUCAAUGACCGCAACAGAUCACCAAAAUUUCCUAAUUCACGACGACGACACGCUUCAGGUGGAAGUGAAAAUGAACCUGGGCAACCACUUAGAAGAAGAUCACGAUCCCGUUGUAAUACUAGCAGUGGUAGUGAAUCAGAAAAUUCAAACAGAGAACAUCGAAAGAAGAGACAUAGGGUACGGCAGGAAAAUGACAUGGUUGAUUCAGGUCCCCAGUGGGAAGCAGUGCAGAGACGACAAAAAGAGAAAAACCAAUCUGAUCCCAACCACCGACGAUCCAGGCACAGAUCUCGAUCGCGAAGUCCAGAUGUACAUGCAAAGGAAGAAUUAUGGAAACACAUUCAAAAGGAACUCGUAGAUCCAUCUGGCCUAUCUGAGGAACAAUUGAGAGAGAUUCCGUAUACUAAAAUAGAGACUCAAGGUGACCCUGUUCGCAUUAAACAUUCCCACUCUCCUCGAAGUUAUCGCCAGUAUCGACGGUCCCAGUGCUCCGAUGGAGAGAGAUCCAUUCUGUCAGAAGUGAAUUCAAAAACAGACCUUGUACCUCCGUUACCUGUAACCCGUUCCUCAGAUGCUCAGUGUUCCUCUGUUGCAGUAUCUCAGCAGAGGCGAAAUGGUUCUAAAGACAGCCUAAUAGAAGAAAAGGCACAGUCACCCAUCAACAAUCUAGAUAGAAUCCACAGUGCAAAGACAAUAAAAACUGUACAAGGGUCACGGCUUAAGAUAGAGACUUGAUAAAAGGAUUGUGAUUGGAUGUUGCUCCUUGGAUUUGGAAAUGGUACAGAAGUCCAGCUACAGCUAAGCUGCACAGAAGGGGAUUUAAACUAUGAAAUAUUUAAGAUGACCAGCCCAAUUGCUCUGGAGGAUCACACACCAAGAUCAGAAUUUUGAAUAAGGCAGCUGCUGGCUUGUUGGAAAGAUUUAUGGAAAGAAAAAGACUUUAGUUAUUAAUUACUCCAGUUCCAAAACCAAUUACAGCUUAUUGUAACCAUGGACAGUGCCCUAGGUGACUUGAUUCUAAGAACGGAAGUCUCAGUAAAAAUACUCAAGCAUUGAUGCAUUUGCCAAAUGUGGAAGUUAAUGUUCUUCCUGAUUUUUCUUUCGCUUAUACUGAGAUGUAGUGUAAUUCACUAGCCUGUACUUGCCUAGCAAUUCCACACAAUUCUUGUUCAUAGCAAUGCUGAAUCUUUUAUCAGAACAUUAUCUUUAUACAGUGAAUCCUUAUACUACUUGGUUAUACAAAAACAUACUUAUAAGCAGUCUUCUCAUUUUUAAUGUACUAAAAUGAGGGGUUUUAACAUUCAUUGACAUAAUUGCCAAGAUUGUUAAGACAUUUACUGUGUGGCUCAAGAGCAACUUUCCCAAAUUGUUAUCAUCCAGAUGUUGCAGCACUACAAAUCUAAUUGUUCCUUAACAUUGGAGAUGAUGAGUGGAAUCCAAAAUGUCUGGAGGGCAGCAGGUCAGGGAAAGAUGUAGCUUUGAAUGGCAAAAACAUGUGCAACUAUAAGAAGUAUGGCUACAAUAUUUUGAAAUGAGCUGCCACUACCAUUGGAUUAAGUGCUAUUGUCAUGGAAAUUUGUAAUGUUUAAAGGGAGUGGGGAACCUGUGGCCCUCCAGCUGUUUGUGGACUACACCUCCCAUCAUUGGCUAUGCUCACUGGGGCUGAUGGGAAUUAUACAGUCUGGCAACAUGUUGGGGUGGGAGGCAUAGAUUCUCCAGUACCUGGCCUAGGCAACAAGUUUACCAGGCUACAGGGGGGGAAAUGGACCUACUUCUGGCUGGAAGGCAUGGCAAGGUAGACAUUGCAACAGUAACAGCGAUUAAGGAGGAAUAGUAUGCGUAGUUUCAGAGGUUUGGUUGGCCAGGUCACACACCAUAGAAAAACUCUCCCAGACAAGCCCAGUGGUAGUGGCAGCUCACUUCAAAAGCACUGGCUCUAGAGAAUAAGAGUGCAGGUUUAAUUCUGCUUUCUCAUCUAGGGGAAAAAGCCAAGUGGAUGCUCAAACAGGAAGGGGAUACAGCCCAAGCCCUACUAGUUCACUGUUACUAUCUAUUUGUUCAUACAAUUAUGAAGAUUACCAUCAUUUUUAAUCUUCUGCAACCUACAACAGUAGCACAUCUUGAAUGCAGGGAGAGAACACAGAAAAAAUGGAAAUGGACUGCCUUCAAGUCGAUCCCAACUUAUGGCAACCCUAUGAAUAGGGUUUUCAUGGUAAGCAGUAUUCAGAGAUGGUUUACACCAUUGCCUUCCUCCAAGGCUGAGAGGCAGUGACUGGCCCAAGGUCAUCCUGUAAGCUUCAUGGCUAUGUGGGGAUUUGAAGCCUGGAAUAUAUAGUUUUGUUUUCUAGCCAUUUUUUUUGUUUGGUAGCAGCUUUUCUGUGUGUGUUUCACACUGUUCAUGGAAAAAAAUGCAUUAGCAACCAUGGUCUGUUCUGAAAUCAUUUAUUUUUAAAGUGAACAUACACAGAUGCCAUGUAAUAAUGUUUUAUACCUAUACAUGAAAUUACCUCUGAUACAGGAGUUCAGAAAAAUAAACCACAUCAUGGUAAACGAAUACUGAAUA